GCUGUCCUUGGUGAUGUUGUGUGUCCUUUUCCUGACCCGAGUGUUGUAUAUGUCCUGUAGUGGUACUCCACAGAUGAGAUCACACGCUGGAGAGCGUUCCUGUCCUGAGUGGUGCAGUUCCCGUACCACACUGUGAUGGAGUUUGUCAGGAUACUCUCCACUGUGCAUCUGCAGAGGUUGCUAAGAAGUUUGGAGGUUAAUCCAAAUUUUCUCAGCAUCCUUAGGAAGAAGAGUCAUUGUGGAGCCUUCUGCCUCUCUCCUUAUCCUUGGGUCAAUAAUCAUCUCCUUAGUUUUCUCAGCAGUUAAGGAGAGAUUAUUUUCCAUGCACCAGGACACCAGCUCAGCCACCUCUUCCCUGUAGGCCUUCUCCUCACCAGCAGUGAUCAGGCCGACGAUGGUUGUGUUGUUAGCAAACUUAAUGAUGGAGGUGUUGCUCUUGGAGGGGACACAGUCAUAGGGGAAAACGGUGUACAGGAGUGGACUGAGCGGGGGUCUAAUGUGUCUAGGAUAGCUUCUUUAACACACGUUAUAACUAUAUAAUAUCAUGUUAUUACAAUAUACAUAAUUAUCACGUUGACACAAUGAUUAUCAUCUCAAAACACUUAACGGCUGCUUUUCUGAGGGUAUUCCUCCUCAGAACCCUGCAUACCUCCAUCGAAGUCACAGUGAGUGAAGAGCUUUGUGCUGCCUCUGCUGGUAGAAUCCACAGCUCACAGGUGGAGGUGACGUAUCUGAGGAGGAGGAGAAGGAGAGGAAGGUUGGCGGAGGUCAGGACCACUGAGGGAUCAGAAACAGCAGGAUGGCUUCACCCAAAAAGGACAAGAUGGGCAAAGAAAUGUUGAAAAAACACAGAUGUCAGCAAUGUGAGAAGGCUUUCCACAACCUGAAGCAACUAAGGAGUCAUCAAAAAAGUCACACUGAAGAAAGAUUGUACAGCUGUGAUCAGUGUGAGAAAACAUACAAAACAGUACAGACACUAAAUGUUCAUAAGAAAACGCACAGUGGAGAGAAACCACAUAUGUGUCAAGAGUGCGGCAGUGAAUUUAUCUCAUUGGGAAACUUAUCGACUCACAUUCAACGGUAUCACACUGGAGAGAGACCGCACCAUUGUCAGCAAUGUGACAAAGGGUUUGUCAACCGAGGAGAAUUAAAGAGUCAUCAGAAAGUUCACACUAGAGAAAAGCCAUACAGCUGUGGUGAGUGCAGCAAAAGUUUUUCAUGGGUUUCCAAUCUUGUCCGUCACCAGCGCAUCCACAGUGGGGGGAGAGUAUUCAGCUGUGAGGAGUGUGGAAGGAGUUUCACUCGGUUAGAUUCUUUAAAGGUGCACAGAAACCUCCACACAAAAGAAAUGAUUUUCUCCUGUGAGCAGUGCGGUAAAGCUUUCUCUUCAUUAACUAACCUUAUGAAGCAUGUUGUUAUGCACACUGGAGAGAAAUUGCACAGAUGUGAUCAGUGUGGGAAAACAUUCACCUCGCCGCAAUACCUGAGAGUCCACACACGUAUUCACACUGGAGAAAAACCAUACAAGUGCAGACACUGCGACAAGACUUUCAUUUCACAGACUCCCCGCAGAGUACAUGAACGCAUCCACACUGGAACAAGACCGUACAGCUGUGAGGAGUGUGGAAAGUGUUUCACUCAAUUAAGUAGUUUAAAAGUGCACAGAAACCUCCACACAAAAGAAAAGAUUUUCUCCUGUGAGCAGUGUGGGAAGGUCUUCACAUCUCAUAGGGCAUUUUAUUAUCAUAAAAGGAUCCACAGUAGAGUGAAACCCUACAAGUGCAAACAUUGUGAGAAGUCAUUCUCCACAUUAUCGUCCUGUUCAGCACACGAGCAUGUCCACAGUGCAGAGAGAGCCUACAGUUGUGGUGAGUGUGGAAAGACCUUUUCAAGGUCCAGCUACUUAAAAACCCACCAGUGUUGGCACAAGCAAGAGAGAAAAUUUAAAUGUGACCAGUGUGAGAAAGCUUUCUCACUAUUGUGUCACCUCAGGCGUCACGUCCUCACGCACACUCGAAAGAAACGGCAAUAAUGUGCCCAGUGCGGGAAGAGAUUCAAAAGGGUACAAAGUCACCGCUGUACUCUCACUGAAGAGAUGACCUGAAAGUAUAAAUGCUGUAAGCAGACCUUCACUGAGCAGUUAUGAUGUCAACAUACUCCAUCUUUCUUUUAUUAUAUAUUAUUAUAUAUUUUUAUAACUUUUACCAGAUCCAUAAGUUUUUUUUAAAAGAAAGUUUCUUUUAAACUAAUUCGUUUUUGACUUUCUAAGAAUAUUUUUUGUUUAUUACUAUCUGAGUUUUGGUGUGAUAAAAACAUUUUCUUGAGGUUUUCAUUAUAUGACACUUGACAUGAACUUUUCUUUGAAACAUGGAUACGAGUUGUUUUAGGCACAUUGUUCAGGCCUACAUCAUUAUUGUGUUGCUGUUGCGUUAAUAGAACUUCGUUUUGAGGCAGCUGAAGUUGCAGAUGUUGCAGACUUUGUAAAGUUACUUUGAUUUUAACAAAGUGUUACACAAACUGAGGUGUUUGUUUAAACUGUUUUUGGAGGUCCAAACAUGACCGGCCAAAGUGUUUGUUGUUGAUCCAGUAACUGAAAAUGAUUUGAUAUUAUGACUCAGAGAGGACCUAACUUCUGCUGUGAGUGACGUGGAAAUACUGACUUAAAGCUUGGAUGUUUGUCAGGGUUUUGUUAACUUAUAGCAAUGUUGAUAAUAAUAAUAAUAAUAAUAAUAAUAAUAAUAAUAAUAAUUUUGGACCUUGUGUUUAAGUUUUUGCCUUAUUGGCUGCUGUUCAGUCAUUUCUAACAUGAACUGUUUAUCUGUUUUCAAUGAAUUGCCAAAAUAUAAAUAAACAAAUACA